AAUACGACGAGCCCUCGACCGGGGAAGCAAGUAAGGCUGAGGUCUAGUUCAAUGGAAAUAGAUAACUGUACUUAGAUGAUGUCCCGAGGUGGAAUUAAACAGUAAACUCUAUCCUGUCUACGAGAGUCUGUCUAUACAUACCGAACAUGUUCUUCAUUUUAGAUGAAUGUCUUUAAGAAGGUCAUGAACCCUGCUUCUUUUUAGCAUCCACACUCGUCUUAGCGAGAACAAUACUUUUACUAUGGCUGUCGAGGAACAGCAGAUUGCCAUUAUUGGCUCUGGAUGUCGGUUUCCCGGUAAUGCCACUUCAUCGUCCAAACUUUGGGCCCUUCUGCGCGAACCAAGGCUUGUAGCAAGCCAGGUACCGGCCCUUAAAGGAUAUUACCAAGAAGAUGGACAAUAUCAUGGCCAUACCAACGUCAAGGAGGCAUACCUUCUGACGGCAGAGGGAGAAAAUCGGCGCUUCGACGCUGCCUUCUUUGGAAUCAACCCGGCCGAAGCAAACGUACUGGACCCGCAGAUCCGCUUGCUCCUCGAGACCGUCUACGAAGCGCUCGAGGCCGGUGGCCAGACCAUUGAUAAGCUAAGAGGGUCCGACACGGCGGUAUAUGCCGGCCAGAUGGUAAAUGACUACGAGCUUAUUAUGUACCGGGAUCAUGAUAACCUCGGCAAAUACCAUGCUACCGGUACGUCACGGACUAUGCUCUCCAACCGGGUCUCCUACUUCUUCGACUGGCAUGGUCCAUCCAUGACCAUCGAUACGGCGUGUAGCUCCAGCCUAGUUGCUCUGCACCACGCCGUCCAGCAGCUGCGCUCAGGCCACUCGCGCGUGGCUGUCGUGGCGGGCUCUAAUCUCAUUUUUGACGCCGGCACCUUCAUCGCGGAGACUAACCUUCAAAUGCUUUCACCCGAGGGCCGGUCGCGUAUGUGGGACGCAGAAGCGAACGGUUACGCUCGAGGAGAAGGAGUGGCGGCCGUGGUGCUUAAGACGCGUCAAGCCGCCGAGGCUGAUGGAGACCAUAUCGAGUGCAUCAUCCGCGAGACGGCGGUUAGUCAGGACGGUAAAACACCCGGACAAACCAUGCCAAGCGCGUCUGCGCAGGCACAGCUCAUCCGAGAUUGCUACACACGUGCUGGGUUGGAUUUAACAAAUCCCACCCACCGGCCGCAGUAUUUUGAAGCCCACGGAACAGGCACGCCAGCUGGUGAUCCAAUUGAGGCCGAAGCCAUCAGUUCUGCCUUCUUUUCGAACAACGAGAGAGUGAAUGGAGACAGAGUAGAUGGCUCACCCGCUCCCCUUUUUGUAGGCAGCAUUAAGACUGUCAUUGGCCACACCGAAGGGGCGGCGGGCAUUGCAGGCUUGUUAAAAGCGUCGCUUGCUAUUCAGAACGCCAUGAUCCCGCCAAACCUUCUAUUCAACCAUCUUAACCCGCGCAUCAAGCCUUUUUAUGAUAACUUGUGCGUCCCAACAUCACUGACGCCGUGGCCAGCCGUAGCAGAGGGCAGUUCCCGCCGAGUAAGCGUAAAUAGUUUCGGUUUCGGCGGAACCAAUGCUCAUGCUAUCCUCGAAAGCUAUGCGACACCAGCCCAGCUCUUGCAACCAAGCAAGUCAAUGACAACCAUAUUUAUUCCCUUCGUCUUCUCUGCAGCCUCGGAAGACUCCCUCAAAUCCUACUUGGCAGAAAUCUGCCAGAACCUACGCGAAAAUGAGAUGGCCUAUAAUCCGAGGGAUAUUGCCUUCACGCUGGACGCACGACGGACUCGUCUUCCCGUAGCUAUCGCCAUCGGAGCAUCUACUCAUCGCGAGCUUUGUGAAAAACUCGAGGCAAAGCUGAAAGUCGCAGGAGUUGAUUCCGAGCAACGCGUCGGUGUUCGUGUAAGGCGCCAAACCAAUGAUACUAAGAAGCAUCGAGUUUUAGGAGUCUUUACAGGACAGGGCGCUCAGUGGGCUCAAAUGGGCUUGGAUUUGAUUAUGUCCUCCGCUGCUUCAAGACGAAUCAUACAAAACCUUGAAAGUCGGCUUGAUCGACUCCCCGCCGCUGACCGUCCUACAUGGUCACUGCUCCAAGAACUGCAAAAAGACGUUUCCUCCUCACGUAUCGCUGAAGCUGCCCUCUCUCAGCCUCUCUGCACGGCGGUACAGAUUCUUCAAGUAGAUCUUUUACGUUCUGCAGGUCUCGAGUUUACCGCUGUUGUUGGCCACUCGUCCGGCGAGAUUGCAGCAGCCUACGCGGCGGGUUUGAUUUCGGCCGAAGAUGCUAUCUGUAUUGCCUACUACCGCGGCCUGUACUCAGAGCUCGCACGGGGCUACGAUAGACAAAAGGGCGCUAUGAUGGCUGUAGGAACAUCUGCCGACGAUGCUCGAGAUCUCCUUGGUUUUCCUGAGUUCGAGGGUCGUGCCUAUGUGGCCGCCAUUAAUUCAGCUACAAGUGUGACGCUUUCGGGAGAUCAGGAUGCUAUCGAAGAGUUGAGAAUCGUCUUCAAAGACGAAAAGAAGUUCGCUAGAAUUCUUAAGGUGGAUACUGCCUAUCAUUCUCACCAUAUGAAGGUAUGUUCUGCUAAGUAUCUCGAUGCUAUUGAAACACUGGAUAUACAGGUCGGCCCUGGUGGCCGAUCUGCUUGGUUCUCGAGUGUUUAUGGCUCGGAGAUGGGCAAGCAUGAUCUGCUGAAGGGUCCGUAUUGGGAUAACAACAUGGUAAAACCAGUCCUAUUUAUGGAAGCUGUCAAUAACGCUUGUACCUUUAUGGGAUAUCUUGAUCUCGUUAUCGAACUAGGUCCCCAUCCGGCACUCAAAGGCCCUACUCUUCAGACCAUACAGAAACAAUUAUCAUUAGAAGUUCCUUAUACUGGUUUGUUUCACCGCGGCGUCUCGGCCGUUACGUCUUUUGCCGACGGUCUUGGCCAGGCCUGGUCGCAUAUUGGGAAAGGAGCCAUCGACUUACAGAACUAUGACCGGUUUGUGUCAGGCAACUCGAUCCCCAGAAUAGCAAAGGGGCUUCCAACGUACGUGUGGGAUCACGAAAACGAGUACUGGCAUGAAACAAGAUACGCUAGAGCUGUGCGUAUGCGCCCAGGUCCAGUUCACGGACUCCUGGGCCACUUGACCCCGGAUAGCACCGUGCAAGAUAUGCGAUGGCGCCAUACCCUACGUCUUUCUGAAGUCCAGUGGCUUCUAGGUCAUCGGCUACAAAAUGUUGUUAUCUUUCCCGCGACGGGUUAUGUCGUUAGUGUACUGGAAGCUGCCCUGAAACUUUGCGAAGACAAUCCCGCCAAACUAGUUGAGAUUCAUGAUAUGAAUAUCGCCUCAGGUCUUGUGUUUGAUCCGGAUGAUGUGAGUAUAGAGAUCAUCGUUUCCCUGGCGAAUAUCACGAGACGUAACAAAGAAACAAUCGAAGCGGAUUUCAAAUACCAUGCGACAUCUGGGAAGGGUACUGACCCGCUCGAGUUAAAAGCCAGUGGCCGUGUACGAAUUCACUUGGGCGAACCCUGUCAUACACUUCUUCCUCCUCGGCUCCCACAGCGGCCAAAUCUUUUGCCCGUUGAUGAGGGGAAAUUCUAUGAGUCGCUAUCUGAGCUUGAGUACCAGUAUAGUGGUCAGUUUAAGGCGCUAGAAAGAAUGAAAAGAUCGCUCGGUGCCGCAUCAGGGUUUGUUGCAGUUUUCGAGCCAUCAAGUUUCCUGAUUCAUCCUGCAGCAUUGGAUGCCGCUUUCCAAUCUAUUUUUCUGACAUAUGCGUCCCCUGAUGAUGGAGCACAAAAUUCAAUGCACCUCCCUACGAGUAUCACACGCAUCGCUAUCAACCCAGAUCUAUGCGCGCAAGCCAGAGACAAGCAGACAUCAUGGGCCAUUGACACGGUUAUUCCCGUAGCGUUUCCUCAUGUCAAUCUGGUAAGCGAUAUCGAUGUCUAUCCGGAUGACUUUAAUCAUGCGAUGGUUCAAGUCCAAGGAUUAGAAUGCAGGCCAUUCUCCCGGCAGACAGCGAGCAAUGACAAAGAAAUCUUUUCUAAUGUCGUAUGGGGUGUUGCAGACCCAGAUGCACGUGUUAUAGAUAGCAAUGGCUCUCCGAUGUCAAACCAACUCAUGCUACCAGCGGUUCUUGAAAGGGUUGCGAGUUAUUAUUUACGCGUUCUAGAUCGAGAGAUACCACUCCAUCACUUAUCCAGGGCUGAGGGGCCUUACAAAGGCCUGUUUAAAUUUGCAUCAUAUAUCGGUUCCCUGCCGUACGCUGGGGAAUCGCUAUUUUGGCAGCCAGAAUGGGAGCAGGACACUCCGGAAAUCCUUACUGCGGCAUGUGAGCCAUUUGCGGAUAAGAUUGAUAUGAAAAUUCUCUUGAGUUUUGGAAAGAGCCUAGUUGAUAUUGUCAAGGGUGACAUAUCAUCUAUGGAUGUCGCCAUGCGAGCCAACCUCAUAGAGGAGUGGUACACCAACGGUUUCGGGAUAGAGACUUUCACGAUAUACCUGACCCAGAUACUCAAGCAGAUUGUACAUCGAUAUCCGAGAAUGCAUAUCCUUGAGGUUGGUGGAGAAAUAGGCACUGCAACGAAGACGAUAUUACGAGAAAUCGGCUUAAAAUUUGCCUCUUACACCAUCACUACAGUUACUCCCGACUCCUUUGAUCCAGUAAAAGCCAGGCUUGGCAUGUUCAAGGACAAGGUGAUAUUUAAGCCAUCUGAUGCUUCGAAGGACUUGAGAGAUCAAGGAUUCGCUGAGGCGUCGUAUGAUAUAGUCAUAGCGUCUCUCGCCCUACAUACGACGCCCAACAUCGAUCGGACCUUGGGUAAUUUGCGACGCCUCCUUAGACCUGGUGGUCACUUCCUUGCGCUCGAACUGCUACCAUCACUUGGUUCUUUCUUUGGCGCGGUCUUUGGGACGUUCUCAUACUGGUGGGUUGGUGCUAAAGAAAGAGAGACCUUGUCACCAGCUGUCACCCCCAUGAAGUGGGACAGCUUGCUGCGUAAUAACGGCUUCUCGGGGAUCGACUCGAGCACUCCAGAAGAAGACAGCUCGAUUCCCUUUCAUGUCUUCAUCUCACAAGCUGUGGACGAUAAGAUCGCGUUUCUUCGGGACCCCCUUUCGCUCGCCUUUCCACUGCCAGUUCCAGAAACAAAGAUGAUCCAAGACCUGGUACUACUGAGUGGAAAGAGCUUUAAAACAACUCAGCUUACCAGCAAGCUCUCAGAUGUUCUCCGACCAUAUUGCAGCAGUAUUAGAAACGUUCACUCGUUACUAGAUUUUGACAGUAUUGACAUUUCGUCUAAUACGGUCGUCCUGAGUUUGACAGAUUUAGACACAUCAAUCUUCAAACGGCUUAAUAGUGUAGGGUGGGGGGCCUUGAAAAAAAUAAUUCUCCUGCCAAGAACCCUCAUCUGGAUCACUCAGGGCCGGCUUGCCGAUAACCCAUAUGCGAAUAUGAUGCUGGGCCUUAUUCGUGGUGCAGCGCGCGAUGACCCGACUCUCGAUUACCUCCUCCUAGAUAUCGAAGAUGCUCAUAGAAUCGACCAUUGUGUUAUCGCAGAGACUAUGUUGCGAUACAUAGCUGCUUCUAAGUGGUGGCAACGAGACAAUAUGAAGCUUACCGUCGAGAAUGAGCUCGUGCUCGAUAAAGCAGGCCGACUCUUAAUACCUCGUCUCGUGAUGAACGAAGAGAUGAACGACCGCUACAACUCAAACCACCGAGACAUCCGUCGUCAAUUCAAGCUUGAUUAUCACAGGAUUGGCAUAUCUGUGUCUGAUUCAGGGUGGGAUGUCGAGUUGAAACCUCCGGUUUGCCUUCAAGGCCACGAGAACAUACAGUUGCAGACCACCCACUCCCUCCUCUCGCCCAUCCGGGUCGCUGAAUUCGGCUGUAUGUUCAUGGUUCUCGGGAAAAACACUAUCUCUAACCACACAACGAUUGCUUUAUCGUCUGAGAAUAACUCUCUUGUCUGUCCUCAGAGAACGUUUUCGACCGCCGUGAGUGUAUCACCCGGUUCUGAAGCCCGACUUUUGUGGCUGACAGCCCAUCACUUGCUUGCGUCUGUUGUCCUGAGGGGCUUGUCGAAGGGCGAUAGAGCACUAGUCCUCAAUCCUAGCCAUGAGGUCGCCUCGAUCAUAGCUGAACAAGCGACACCUCUUGGCGUACAAAUUACAUACAUAACCACAAACGCUGAUGCCUUGAAGAUAGAAGGUUCCAGUUGGUUGACAAUCCACCCCGCUACCCCGAAGCGGGAUAUAGCACGUCUUGUACGUCCUGGCUUUUCUGUCUUUGUCGAUAUGACGUAUCCUACGAAUGUUGAGUCAAUCGUUGACCGUAUCGCGUCUACAUUGACGGCCUAUUGUAGGAAAGACAGCCUUAAGUCCUUGUUUGGCAAAGCGGCUUGGGAUACGACAGAGUUACACGCGGAAGAGGUCUGUAACCGCUUUACGAAAGCCGUUGCAUGGGCUUCUUCCGUAGCAACAGGGUCUUCUAGGUUGGUAUGGGGGCAUAUCCCCAUCGUUCCUAUACAUGCCAUCACCGAAGAUAGAGACAGACUGGCACCGCUUGUUGUGGUCGAAUGGAGUGCAAGUACUGAAGUCUCCGUUAAAGUUCAGCCUGUUGAUUCUCAAAUAUUACUUCCCGACAAUAAAACCUACUGGCUUGUUGGACUCACCGGAGGACUCGGUCUAUCGCUAUGUGGAUGGAUGGUACAGCGUGGAGCCCGAUAUUUUGUCAUUAGCAGCCGGAAACCCAAUGUUGAGAUGGCUUGGCUGGACGAAAUGCGCGCAAUGGGAGUCACUGUCAAAAUCGCUGCGUGUGACAUAACUCAGAGACAUGAGGUAGUAGCACUUUAUGCCGAAAUUUGCUCGACUAUGCCGCCAAUUGCGGGCGUUGCACAGGGUGCUAUGGUCCUCCAGGACACAGCCAUCAAGGACAUGACGCUGGAGCAACUAUCGGCUGCCACGAUGCCCAAAGUCGAGGGAAGCAUCUACUUGAACGAGAUCUUCCAGCAAAACACGCUGGACUUUUUUAUCUUCUUCUCGUCGUCGUCAUCUGUAAUCGGAAACUAUGGGCAGGCGAACUAUGCGGCAGCUAAUACUUUCAUGACCAGCCUUGCGGAACACCGUAGAAGGCGCGGCUUAGCUGCUUCUAUAAUAAAUAUUGGCCCUAUCUUUGGGGUAGGAUAUAUUGCCCGGGUCGCAAAAGGCUCAAUCAUGGGCAACGUGACGUUCCAAACAGGAGGAUUUGCCCGUACUUCUGAACGAGACUUCCAUCAACUCUUUGCAGAGGCUAUAAUCGCAGGACGUCCUGGCUCUACUGCCCAUAUCGAACUUGUUUCGGGAGUGCGAAUGAUCAGCCAGCAAGAAGAACAUCAGCCUGUGUGGGAAUCAUGGCCACGGAUGAGUCACUUGGUCCAAGGAUGUAAAGAAGUAGAGGAUCCGGCCACAACUAAUAAUCGAGCCAAUUUCCCGAUCAAGGCGUUGCUUGAAAAGGCACAGAGCCGCGAACAAGUUUAUAAUAUUAUAUGGGACGCUUUCACUCGUAAGCUUUGUUCGUAUUUCCAGCUCGACGUCACCAGGAUGAAUAGUACUGAGCUGAGUGCUACGCGCUUCGACCACAUGGGUAUCGAUUCUCUCACAGCAAUAGAAAUUCGCGGUUGGUUUAUGACGACUCUUGAAGUCAACAUCCCAGUUCUCAAAAUUAUGAAUGGCGGUACUGUCGGUGAACUAGUCGCCGCUGCAACCGAGACUAUUCCUUCACGAUUGCUUCUGAGCUUGGAUAAGUCCUCUGUAAAAGAUGACGCCUCUGCAGCCUCCUCCAACAGCCCCAACAGCCAGAAGACAACCCAUGGUUUAGACAUAGAUGUCGAUAAGCCAGCUGCUUUCUCUCAGGAAAAGUUUGGCUCAAAUCUUGACUUGGUUCAAGAUUCUCCAAGAACUAUGAGCUCUGGUUCGAUCAUCCAAAAGUCGAUCCCCGUGUCUUUUACACAAGCGAGGUUUUAUCCUUCGGGGCUUUUCCUAGAAGAUAGGGUCGGUCUCAACCACACCGCUUGGGCUCGCAUUAUAGGAAAAAUAGAUAUAGAGAGACUGACAAAGGCUGUGAGCGCUCUAGGCCAGCAGCACGAGAUCUUGAGGACGGCUUUCUUCGACCAAGAUGGAAAGCAAUUGCAACACAUCUUGGAGGUCACCCUCCUACACCUAGAACGCCAGGAGAUUGAGAGCGAAGAGGAGGUAGAAAGGAUAGCCAUGUCUAUCCAAAAGGGUUACAUAUAUGAUGUGGCACGGGGAGAAACAUUGCGGCUGAUCUUACUCACUCGCUCGGAAACAGACAACUAUCUUGUGGCAGGUCUACACCCUCUUAUUAUGGAUGCAACAUCGAUCCAAAUCCUAUUGAAGUGGCUUGCAUUUCACUAUACAUACCCCCAUAUGAGUCGUCAGGUAAAGCAAUUCGCGGAGGCUUCGGAGCAGCAACAUGCGGCUUACGCAGCAGGAAAGCUCGAGGCCGAGUUGCAGUACUGGAGAAAAGAGUUCGCCACGACUCCGCCUCCACUACCUCUCCUGACAUUGGCAAAAGUGGAUGAACGUCCCGUUCUGAAAGCUUAUGAGAAUAUCCGAGCUGGUUGUAGAAUUGGCGUAGACACGAAGGCACAAAUCUUCCAAAUAUGUCGUCGUAUCCAGGCCACUCCCUUUCAAUUCUACCUGGCUGCCCUGCGAGCUCUGCUGUUACGGUAUACGAUCGGUGGUGAGGAUAUCACCAUAGCUGUAGCUGAGUCCGGAAGGACCCACAAUGUCGAAGACAUGGAUGUCAUCGGUCCGUUAUAUAACCUCGUUCUCGUGCGUCUUUUGAGUUACAGAUCUACCAAAUUCGAAGAAUUGCUGGAAGCUACGCGUAGAAAGACUCUCGCGGGCAUGGCGCACUCAAAGCUCCCCUAUCCGAUGCUCGUGAAGGAGCUUGGCCUUCAGCGCAAGGCCAAAGAUUAUCCCUUUUUCCAGGUCUUCGCCGAUUACCGCAUGGGCCAGCGCGAGACAAUACCCUGGGGUGAGAACAAUGAGCUCCGUAUGAUGGGGUUCGAUCUAAAUGUGCCCUACGACGUUUACCUUGACACCAUUGAUGAGCCAGAUGGUGAGUGCGCUCACUACUUUUUCUUGCGCAAGGACCUCUUUGGUGAACCCGAGGCAGAGAAGAUAGCUAGGAGCUAUGAGCACUUGAUAAGGGUUUUUGCAGCUCAGCCAGGAAUGACCGUGGGUGAGGUGGAUUUGCCUAGGUAACUCUUGAGAACGCCAAGCCUGGACGAAAACUAGAAAUGAGAAGCGAUUCUUAAAUGCAUAGCGAAUCUCUUGGUAAAUGAUGAUGCAGAAGUAUAACGGCUCUCCUU